UCCACGGUAGCGUCAUUCGAGAUUUUCGGGCACCCGACAAUGGUCCCGUCCUUCCUCGUGCCUAUUCUCUGUCAGUUGUAUAUCUUUCGAAGAGGGGAUUCUGUGUUGCAUCUGACUAUACUUCCAACCGGUAUGUGUUUCUAUUGCUGCCCGAUUGACUUAGGUCAGGACAUCCAGUUGCAACUGUAUACCAGGCGAAAUCCAACGUAUCCUUCCAUCCUGAAUCCUACCGAUGUCGCAACAUUGUGGAGGAGUAACUUCAACAUUAAACAUCCGACUGUCGUUUACAUUCACGGAUACAGCGAUAGCAGCUUAGGAAAGGGGCCCAUCGCUGUACGAAACGCAUAUCUUCGUCGUGGACCCUACAACGUGAUAUUGGUGAACUGGGCGAAACUGGGGGUGUUACCGUGGUACGUAACGGCAGUGAGAAACUCCAGAAUCGUCGGCCGUUACUUAGCGCACGUGAUGAGAUGGCUCGAAGCGCAGAAAGCCGUUCCCUUAUCCAAAAUUCAUGUGAUCGGCUUCAGUCUGGGCGCAGAAGCUGCCGGUUUCAUGGGGAAGGCCCUAAGGCCGCGGAAGAUAGGCAGAAUCACCGGACUGGACCCGGCUUAUCCGUUGUACAUGAACACCGGGGAGGAGGGUCACCUAUCAUGGACCGACGCCGCAUUCGUCGAUGUCAUUCAUACUGACGGUGGCCGUUUAGGAUUUCCUCAACCGCUUGGCCACGUCGAUUUUUAUCCAAACGGUGGCAGGAAACAACAGCCCGGCUGCGAUUUAAAGAGCAUCAUUCGCAUGAACUUCCGGAGGGUCAUAAAUCAAUACAUUACCUGCGGACACAAUCGAGCCUGGCGUUACUACGCGGAAUCGGUGGACAAUCCCUAUGGGUUUCCCGCGAGUCGAUGUCCAAGGUGGCGACCUGGGAUUAGGGCGAACUGCGUGUGGAAGCCCGAGGCUCACAUGGGUUUCCUGGCGAAUCCCAAGCAUCAGGGAAAAUUUUACUUGAGCACGAACGCGCAAAUACCGUACGGCAGAAAUUCGACGGGCCAUAGAUUUGGCAAGUGACGAUCGACGUGACGAUAAUCCUGGAUUUGGAUGAACCAAAUUACUAACUUAGGAAGCGAAAAGCGACUCUCCCUAACGCUUCCGCCGAGAUAAUUCGUCUUGGGAAAAGACGAGGAUAUUAAAAGAUUUUCUUGCGCGAUAACGUUUUAUAGAUAACGUGUUUUGCGAUAAAGAUGUUUGUAUUUCUACCGUUUUCAUUGCAAAGAAUGAAUGCAUGGCUCUCAAUGAAUUUUGCUGCCUUCUUCGAGGGAUCGCUAAAGAGGCGAUAAAAGUUUCUCCCUUCCCUCCCUCUCCCCAGAAA